CACACGCUUCUAGUAGUCCGCGAAGUCUCCGUCUUCAAAAUACCACCGCGAUCCACCAGCGGCGGUUACAAGUGCGGCGGUUACAAGUGCGGCGAGUGUCUCCAAUCGGACAAGAUCUGGUCCGGCAGGCUCCGCGUCAUUUCCUGCAACAACUGUUGCGAGAUCUGGUUAGAAGAUCCGAAUUCCGGCGAUCUGUUCGCCGUUUGUUUCGUUAAUCCUGGCCAGAGAGAGACCGCGGUCAAACCGGUGCUUGAUUCGUCCAGGUAUUUCGUGUUGAAGAUCGAAGAUGGAACCGGAAAACACGCGUUCGUAGGGCUAGGGUUUACGGAACGGAAUGAGGCGUUUGAUUUCAAUGUUGCGUUGUCGGAUCAUGAGAAGUAUGUGAAACGAGAGAGUGAGAAGGAUGACAGUGGAGCUAGUAAUGAGAGUUGCAUUAAUACUCAUCCUGCUGUUAAUCAUAGAUUGAAGGUAUUGUUGCUUACAGUACAUUAG